AUGGUCCUUGUUGCAAGUUGGGUGCCCCCUCCUUGCAACCCUGCUGCAGCGCCACCGGCGCAAACAGCUGUGUCUGAAGCCUCCUGCUGGGGCACGUGCGGGCUCAUUCAGGAUACUUGUGCCGCCCUCCCUCCCUGCACGCCCAAGCCCCCUCUCCUCCCCGGUGCUGCCAGGCUAGCAGCAGCGCCACGAGCACAGCAACCUGCCUCUCACGUGCCAUCCACCCUCCCUCCCAGCAACUUGAGCUUCAAUCUCUUCGGGGUUCUAUCGCCCUCCCUCUACUCUUCCCCACACAGCCACCUCUGCACUGCACUGCGUGUGAAGCGUGAGAAUCGACUCAGAAGACCCCUCUUCCCCACCCCCCAACAGGGCCAGGUGUUCCCCUCCUCGCCCGCCCAAGCCGGCUACCUGCAGCGCCACCUGCGGGUGAAGCUGCGCCUGCAGCCGCCCCCCGCGGUGCUGUGGGGGCCGGAGGGCGCGCAGGGGUGGCGGGCGCGUGUGCUGUACAUCACCCGCCUGGGGGCGGAGCUCAGGCAGCGCCGCACGUUCCUGCCAGAGAGCCAUGAGGCGCUGCUGCGACUGAUGGAGGAGAUGAACAUGGAGGUGAGCAUGGCGGAGCUGAGCCAGCUGACCUUCAAGCAGCAGUUCGACGCCAUCCAGUCGGCCGACAUCAUCGUCUCCCUGCACGGCGCCGCCCUCGCCAACCCGCCGCUCUUCGCACGGCGCACCACAGCGGUGGUGGAGAUCAUGCCGUACCACGUGCUGCACGAGACCUACUACGCCAUGGCUUUAAGUGCCGGCCUGCCUUACUUCAUGAAGAUGUGCCGCCGAGGAAGCUUCCAGGCAGGUGACCGCGCUGAGGUGGACGGGCUGAGUCUGUACGACUGCACGCACGGGCACCCCGAGUGCAAGGAGUAUUUCACGCACCGGAGGCGGGUGGAGCUGACAGAGGAGGAUUUGAGCGAGCUGAGAGUGAUUCUUGGCACGGCGAGGGAGGUGGUGGCAGCAGGGCUGGGGGGGAUGGGGGGGAUGGGGGGCGUGGGGGGCGUGGUGGGGCCGGAGGAGCUGCCAGGGUGGGCGGAGAGGCGGUUUGGGGAGCGCUGUGUGGCGCGGGAUGCGGGGCUGUUCUGCCGGAAUGACUUUGUGCGGAUAGUGGGCGGCACGGGGGAUUUCACGUGUGUGUUUUCAAGGGAGUGUGAGGGCCAGGAGCAGCCACAGUGA